AUGACACUGCAGACCGCACAAGACCAGGAAACCGAACAAACGAUAGUACAUAACCUCUCCUCAAAACAACUUACUGUGACCCAAACAAAAGUUCUACAACGCGGAUCUGGUUUUAACACAACUGACGCCGACCCGGUCACCUUCAUUGCUUCUUUCGAAUCAGUGCUUCGUCAAACCGGCGCCACAGACGAGGUAAAGGACCUCCUUCGACAUCAAGUCUCUUCACUUCUCAUGUCGCACCGGAAAACCCAUUCCCUGCUAAGAGAUGAACAGAAGGCCCUAAGGGAGCUGAAAGCGGACACCGAAAUAGUUAUUCUGCCUGCUGACAAAGGCCGGUCAACCGUCAUCCUCGACAAGGUGGACUACCGACGCAAAGCCCUCCUGCUCCUCAACGAUCGAGAGUCCUACAAAGUCAGCGACGCCGCCAGUCUAAAGUCCCUAGUGGCAAAGGUUAACAGAAUUCUGGCUCGACUAAAAAAGGACAAGGUCAUCACCGUCAAAGACUGGUAUAUGGCAAAGCCCGCAGAAACCGCUAUGGCGAGAUUCUAUGGUCUCCCAAAAGUACACAAGCCAGAUGUUCCCCUCCGUCCUAUCGUCUCGCUCCGAGGCACACCCACAUACGGGCUUGCAACCUGGCUAUUUCAGAAGCUAAGAUUCGUAACUGCAGGCUCACAAACAACGGUGCACUCAGCAGGACAAUUCCUUGACAAAAUAAGGGCAGUCACGAUCGAACCGAAUGAAAGGAUGGUGUCUUUUGACGUUGUCUCACUCUUCACGUCCAUACCACAGGCCCUUGCGGUCGAAACGCUCAGUGACCUGCUACGUCAAAAUUAUGACGGGAACGAUGGCCAGCCCACAGCUCAGGAUCUCAUAGAACUCAUGGGGCACUGCCUCAAGACAUUCUUUACCUUCGAAGGGACCACAUACGAGCAGAUCAAGGGCGCUCCAAUGGGUUCACCAAUCUCCGGACUCAUUGCCGAGGCGGUUCUACAAAAACUCGAGAGACGACUAUUCGAGGAGUACAAACCCAAGUUUUGGGCACGCUACGUUGAUGACACCUUCGUGAUCAUAGACCAGGAUAAAAUCAACUACUAUGCGGAAGUACUGAACUCAAUCAUGCCCGAUCUACAGUUCACGAUGGAAGAGGAAGUCGAGGACAAACUUCCAUUCUUGGAUGUUCUCGUCUGCCGCCAACCAAAUGGCGAACUAGCGACGUCGGUCUACAGAAAACCGACGAACACACUGCAAAUUCUCAGCUACAACAGCAACCACCCGCCACAACACAAACGAAGCUGUGUCCGCACGCUGUACCGACGGGUGGAAACUUGUGGCGGUCAAGGAUGUAAGAUCGACUUAAACCACGCACAAUAA